GUUUCGCCAGAGCCAUAUAAUAGAACUAUCUAUCUAUUUGGCGCUGGGUUUCGCCUUUUGGAACAGCCAAUCACAAUGCAAGGUGUAGACCACAUGAUGUUACUGACGCUGUCGAUUGGAGGAUUUGACUCCCUCAUGCCAGAAGUUCACACAGUGAUAUAAUGUGAUCACACAUGAAAGUCACCGGUAUACGAGCACAGAGGGCGCAUUUUUAUUUUUCGAAGACUCUAUACAACAGAAACAUGAAUUACAGUUAAACAUGCUUACGGUAUGUUUUAUAUUAUACGGUUUAUCACUGUUUACUAACACGACCAUCCUUAGAUACGUUGCUAGCUAACGUUAGCAACUGCCUAUCGUCACUGCGUCUAUUAUCUAACGUCGCCUCAAAAUACAGGCACCUCUUUCAAUCAUUUUAUGUGAAACCUUUUCAACAUACUCGUCUUUUAAAACAGUCUACAAAUGGCAAGGAGCGUCGGUCGAAUAUGUAAGGGCUUUCAACGCCUAGGCUUACUCUCUAAACAGACUCAACUCAUCCCAUUUACCAGAGUUCCAGUUGGGACUGUACGGACCAUAGUGACACUGCCAUCAUUCCUAUUCCCCCAGCCCCGGGACUUCAGCCUGCCUAACCCCUCAUGGGGCUCAGAAAUGACGCGCAUGUACGAGCAUUAUGAAAGCCAGUGUGAGGUGGAGACGGAGGGAGGACAGAAACAGAAAGGGCCGUGGCAGAGACUGCCAAGCUACAAUCGCCUCCUCAAAUAUGCUACAGGUGGAGUAUAUCUUAGUAAGAUAAUCCAGUCAAAGGCUCGCCUGUUUACGCGGAACAUCAGAAACCCGGGGGCAGCAUUUGAGUAUGUUUUGUUUGUCAACAAAGAAGAGCAGAAGUGUGUGUGCAUACUCCAAGCUGGACACCUUCUGGAGGGGCCGCCAGGACAUGUCCAUGGGGGGGCAAUAGCCACUAUGAUUGAUACUGUCACAGGGACUCAUGCUACCAUCCUCUCUGGACCUGUUAUGACUGCCAACCUCAACAUCAACUACCGCAGGCCCAUCCCACUGGGAAGCACAGUGUUGCUUGAAUCCUCUCUGGAAAAGAAGGAAGGCCGAAAAACAUUUAUUACAUGUAGAGUGACAAGCACCGACGGCUCCAAACUUCACACAGAAACAUCAGUACUGUUCCUGUCAAUCACUGCCAGCCAUCUACUGGGAGGCUGACACAAACACACCGGCCUACCACAGAUCCUAACACUGAGGACACAACGUGUGUGUGUGUGUGUGUGUGUGUGUGUGUGUGUGUGUGUGUGUGUGUGUGUGUGUGUGUGUGUGUGUGUGUGUUGUGUGUGUGUGUGUGUGUGUGUGUGUGUGUGUGUGUGAGACAGUCUGUAUUUAUAAACAAACUGUGCAGCUUCAUGAAAAAUACCUUUACUUGACUACCUCUGCUUCGUGUGACUUAAACCUCCAGAGUACAUAUCUAAACAUAAUUUAUUUAACUGAUUGUGUUAGCGGCUAUUUAUUGUAACUUUUACAGUAUUGUAUCUAACACUGAAGCCUUAUUGUAACUUGUACAGUAUUGAUUAUGAUUUUAUCUAACAAUGAAGCCUUUGAAAGUGAUAUUAUUGCUCAAAACAUAGUGAUUAUGAAGAUUUUGUUUCCUCCAAUAAAGCCUUACCUAUUGGUACUCUAUG